AUGGCUGCCAACGACUAUUACAACACCUCCUAUCCCCCGCCGAAUAGCCAACCGCACGGCAAAGCAGACGCCCCGCUGCCCCCAAUACCCAACGCGCAGCACGCCGUCUCGCCCAUCUCCUCCUCGCCCUUCAAUGACAAUACGUACCCGCCCUACCCCAGCACCACACACAGCUCGGGCGCGCUAGACGGCUACCCCGUCAAUACUUCCUACUCCAACACUUCCUACAACCCACCCUCGCAAUACGACUCGACCUCAUAUCUCAACGACCCUCCGCACCGGUACGACCCCCCGGCGGGCCGCCACCCAGACCCGUUUGCAGAUCAGAACGCAAUACCGUUGCAGAGCCAGCUGAAGAUGGACAGUAGGAGUCCGACGCGGUACGAUGGUGAUCCGGAGAGGUUUGGGGCGGGGGUGGAGAGGAAGAAAAAGAAGAAGAAGGGCUGGUUUAGUGGGAGGGUGACGUGGGUCGUCUAUAUCUUGACAACAGUGCAGAUAGGCGUCUUUGUGGGCGAGUUGAUUAAGAAUGGCAUCCUGACAGGCUCCCCCAUUCAAACGAAGCCAAACUUCAACAUCAUGAUCGGGCCCUCCCCUUACGUCCUGAUCAACAUGGGCGCCCGCUUCACUCCCUGCAUGCACAACAUCAAGCAAGUCAUCGAAGCCGACGUGCAGGCUUGGCCUUGCCCCAACACCACAUCACUCGACCCGGGCACUUUGACCUGCUCCCUCAGCGAGCUCUGCGGCAUGAGCGGCGGCGUCCCGGACCAAUCUGGCAUAACAGACUUCAGAGAUAGGAGUAAAGAGCCUAACCAGUGGUGGCGCUUCAUCGUCCCGAUAUUCUUGCAUGCGGGGAUUAUUCAUAUUGGCUUUAAUAUGUUACUACAGUUGACGCUAGGGCGAGACAUGGAGAAAGAGAUUGGACCUCUCCGCUUCAGCGUUGUAUACUUCAGCGCCGGAAUCUUCGGCUUCGUGCUGGGUGGCAACUACGCCGCGGACGGUAUUACCUCUGUCGGCGCAUCAGGCUCCCUCUUCGGCGUCCUCGCCCUCACGCUCCUCGACCUCUGCUACAACUGGAGCACACGCCGCUCUCCGGUCAAGGAUCUACUCUUUCUCCUCCUCGACGUGGCGAUAGCAUUCGUCCUCGGCCUCCUCCCUGGUCUGGACAAUUUCUCUCAUAUCGGCGGUUUCCUCAUGGGCCUUGUCCUAGGUAUCUGUCUGCUGCACUCCCCACAAUCUCUCCGCGAACGUACAGGCCACGACGAGCCGCCGUACGCGACGGUCGACACGCAACCUCUUGCCCCCACGGCCUCGGAGAGCAAAUUCAACAUGCAGAAGUUUGCCAGGGCGCCCGUGGGUUUCUUCAAGGGCAGGAAGCCGCUUUGGUGGGUCUGGUGGCUUGUCCGUGUGGGAGGGCUGGUAGCAGCGUUUAUAGGUUUCAUCCUGCUUCUGAAGAACUUUUAUGAGUGGAGGAAUACGUGCAAAUGGUGCAAACAUUUGACUUGUUUGCCUAUCAAGACGAAUGGUGUCGAGUGGUGCGAUAUUGGCGGCCUCAACUUGACGAAGAGUAGUGGGACUACGAAGCGUGGGCUAGGACCCGUCGAUAUGCUGCAGCUCACGGCCGAGGCUAUGGGGAUGAUGUAA